ACAGUACCCUAUGAACUCGCACACCCGUUCUUUAACUCAUCCCCUUUAUCUCUCCGAUCAACUCAUCAACCAAAAAGACAAAAAAGAACGACAUUCUGUGAUUCUAUCCUCAACAACACGUAAAAUCAUCCCUCUAAAGCAUAGUACUGACCCACAAUGACCUUUACGCUUUCUCAUAUAUUCAAACUUCACAUUUCAUCGCUUAACACACCACCAUGAUCACCAACAACCAAGCAUUCUGUCUACCCAUUAUCUUUCUCAUAUUUUCUGGAUCAAUCUUCUCAUCAGCAUCCGCAACACCACCCGCAAAAAUUCUCAGCGGCAUUGCGUCGAACACCUUGUCUGCACUGUUCAAAUGGCUGUGGUCUUUAAAACCUGACACCAAAAUCAGCACGGGUGUUUCUAGCAGGUCAAUGGUGAAAUAUGAAGGUGGUUAUUCUGUUGAAACAGUUUUUGAUGGAAGUAAACUUGGGAUUGAGCCUUAUUCUGUGGUGGUGACUCCAUCUGGGGAGGUUCUUGUGUUGGAUUCUGAAAAUAGUAAUGUUUAUAAAGUCUCAACACCCUUGUCAAAAUAUAGCCGUCCAAAGAUUCUGGCUGGUUCACCUGAAGGGUUGUUCGGGCAUGUGGAUGGGAAGCCAAGAGAAUCCCGAAUGAACCACCCGAAAGGGCUUACAGUGGACGACAAAGGAAAUGUAUACGUGGCUGACACCAUGAAUAUGGCUAUUAGGAAGAUCACUGAUGCAGGGGUUGUAACCAUAGCUGGAGGAAACUUGGCACGAGGGACGGGUCAUAUUGAUGGUCCAAGUGACGCUGCAAAGUUUUCAGAUGAUUUCGAUAUAAUAUACGUUGCGAGUAGCUGCUCUAUUUUAGUUAUUGAUAGAGGUAACCAAGCAAUUCGAGAAAUCCAACUUCAUGAAGAUGAUUGUUCUCAUCAGUAUGAUGGCGAUGACCCUUUAGGGAUAGCGGUUCUUGGUGUUGCAAUGUUCUUUGGCUUUAUGCUAGCAUUGUUACAACGUAGAGUUGGUGCAAUGUUUUCGCCACAAAGGGAUCCAAGGCCGAUGAUGAACAUUGUUCCUCCAUCUGCAUAUCAAAUGCCGAUGAGAUCAGCAAGACCGCCUCUAAUUCCACCCGAAGACGAAUACGAGAAAGAACAAGACAGCUUAUUUGUUUCACUUGGAAAACUUAUGAUCAAACCUAUAACAACUGUUUUUGCAAUCUUCUUUGGUUCAUCUAGUUCCAAAAAGAACCGAUCUCACCCUCAUCUUCAAAUGAAUUACCCUCAACCCCUUCCAUUUUCAACCACUUGGCCUAUGCAAGAAAGCUUUGUAAUUCCCCAUCAAGAUGUCCCCCCACCACUAGAAACCCGAGACCCGUCCCCAUACCCGUACCCGUUUAUGACCCACAACCCAGAACCCGCAGAAAGACCACGACCUUCUAAACAGACCCGGUAUCUUAAUAGUGGAACUGGAAGUGGACAAAACAGUGAAUGCCUUAACGAACAACAGCAAACGAAACAAUCUCAAAAACAUCAACAUCGUCAACAACAUCAUCAGAAACAUCACUCGUCGGGUUCUCAAACUUAUUAUGAGAAGAGCGAGACAACCAACGAGGUGGUUUUUGGGGCUGUUCAAGAACAGGAGAGGAAACAUGAAGCUGUGGUGAUUAAGGCUGUUGAUUAUAAUAACAUCCCGAAUUACAAUCAACCGAAUGUUCGGUCUAGGUAUAAUUACAUGGGUUAUGCAUACGGUAGUACAAAUGAAUGACGGGUUUGUUAUCUUUUUGUCCCUCAACUUUACUAAGAACAUGUAUGAAAUAUGAAUAUCAUGUAUGUAAUUAUACCAUAUAGAAGCUGCAAUAUUUUA